UCCUCCAUAAAUACUAUCGUACACAACCCCCAAAUUCUCUCCAUCCACACUCACCAUUUACUCUCUCUAUCCACCCUUGUAACCUGUCUUCCACAGGACUAAAACAUGGGUAUCCCCUUUGGCAUUUUAUUCAUCACCAUAAUCUCAAUUUCAUCAAUCGCCAAUGCCAGAAUCCCCGGAAAUUACGCCGGUGGCUCUUGGCAAGGUGCUCAUGCUACAUUCUACGGAGGCAGUGAUGCCUCCGGUACCAUGGGAGGUGCUUGUGGAUAUGGAAAUUUGUAUAGCCAAGGUUACGGAGUGAACACGGCUGCAUUGAGCACGGCAUUGUUUAACAAAGGGUUUAGUUGCGGUGCGUGUUUCGAAAUUAAGUGUAACCAAGACCCGAGAUGGUGCCAUCCGGGCAGCCCAUCAAUAUUUAUAACUGCUACAAACUUUUGUCCUCCGAAUUAUGCACUCCCUAAUGACAAUGGUGGAUGGUGUAACCCUCCUCGUACUCAUUUUGACCUUGCCAUGCCCAUGUUUCUAAAAAUCGCAGAGUAUCGGGCUGGCAUUGUCCCCGUAUCAUAUCGUAGGGUACCAUGUAGAAAGCCGGGUGGGAUCAGGUUCACACUGAACGGUCACCGUUACUUCAACUUGGUUUUGAUUAGCAACGUCGCGGGUGCAGGGGAUAUCCAAAAGGUGUGGGUCAAAGGGACAAAGACCAACUGGAUGAGCAUGAGUCGUAACUGGGGUCAAAAUUGGCAAUCAAAUGCGGUCCUAGUUGGUCAAGCACUCUCCUUCAGGGUCACAGGCAGUGAUCGACGCACUUCCACGUCAUGGAACAUCGUUCCGGCUCAUUGGCAGUUUGGUCAAACUUUCUCUGGAAAGAAUUUCAGAGUGUAACACAUGAUCCCAAAUUUCUUCCGGAUAUUGGUUAAUUUACAACUUUUACCCUUUGUUGUUUGUUCUUGCUAGUGGGUUGCAACUAAUUUUUAAAAAGGGGGGCUAAACAAGCUAACAUGUCAAAGGUGGAGGACUGGAAAGACAUGCCUGGAAAGUAUUUACUAAAAAUUUUGGGGGAUAUAUUAGGUUGGUAGGCUGAAGUGGCUGCAAAAACUUGUUGCCCGCAGUAAGAAUCUAGAGGGAAUAUAUAUAUGUAAUAUGUAUGAUUGUUUGCUUAUAUAACUUGUGCCAUUUUAUUUUUACAUGAUGUAUGUGUUGUGAACUUGUGAUAUGUUAAAUUUAUAAAUUUCUCAGAA